AUGCCUCUCACUUUGAAUGAUAUUGAUUUACCACCAAGUGUCGAAGGCAAACUUGCUCGAGCUUAUGGAUCGAAAUGUUCCUUACAAAAAUUUCUGGAAUUGGAUCCAGAACAAGUCGGUCGUACGGCGCGAUUGUUGCCGGCAGACGUUGAUCUUGCAUUUCAAUGUGUUGCAAAUGCAUUCUAUCCUUUUUCUAGACGGCAGACAACUGCGUGGCAAAUGACAGAGAAUGAACGUGAUACAAUUCGAGUGUUUUCGACAGGUUGUCCAAUUCUUGAUAGAACGCUUAGAGGUGGAAUACGGCUUGGUCAAAUCACAGAGUUGUACGGCGAAAGUGGAUGUGGAAAGACGCAAUUUUGCAUUCAAUUGUCAUUGGAGGUACAACGAACAUUUCGAAGUCGAGGAGAAGAAGCCAAGGUAGUCUAUAUCAAUACUGAAUCUCAAAUUGAGAAAAUUGAUAAACGUUUAAAACAUAUUUCAUACUAUCGUGCCAAAGCCGAUAAGCCAUUCAAUAUUGCUGAUGCUCGAUGUCUCCAACAGAAAUUUUUUGAUAAUAUUUAUCUCGAUAUUAUUCGACAUUAUCGUCAUUUAGAAAUGACCCUUGUUGAUCGAUUACCUCUAUUACUCAGUCGAGAGAACAAUAUUCGCCUAAUUAUUAUUGAUUCCCUAGCCGCUCUCUUUCGUUCCGAAGAUAUUAUGUUCGAACAUCAUACAAAAGCCAAUACAUUACAAUAUUUUGGCUUUGCGAUGCAUACAUUAUGUCAGCGAUAUAACCUCGCUAUCGUGUGUGUUAAUCAAGUACAAACUCAAUUCGCACAGAACACAUGUUUCUCUCUAUUACCUCAAUCGAUGAAAUUAGGUCCUGCAUUAGGAUUAACAUGGGCAUUUCUUAUCCACUGUCGUAUACAAUUAAGUAAAACUGAAAAUAUUGAAGAACAUCAUCCUGAUUCUCAGCAGUCUCAAGUUGUCUUUGAUGAGCGGAAAGCAAUGACAAGUAUCAAAACGAAUGUUGUUUAUUUGCGUUCAUUAGCAAUCGAUUACUGUUAUUACAUACCGAGAACAAAUCGAUGUAAUUAUUUUAUUGUGGAUAGAGGUGUCUUUGGUAGCGAAAAUUAA